AAGGAAGCACACUUGUCCCAAACUUAUUAAAGGGAUGUCCAUUUUCUCCGUUUGUUAAAACCACAAAAGCGACGUCUUCCCAAACACGCCCUUGGAUUGAUCGCGUUCGUAACUUCGUCCUUAGGCUGUAGUAUAUUACACACCACUAACUUUCUCACCAAACAAACCAGCGCGAGAAAGUAGAGUGAGAAACUGGAGAUAGAAAGCGCCAUGGAAAUGGGGUUGGAGGACUUGGGCGACUUGGCUAUCAAUGCAAUUAUAUCCAAAUUGGACACCAAAGACACUGUAGCGGUGUCUUGUGUCAGCAAAAAGCUUAGGGUUUCUGCAUCCGAAGAGUCUCUUUGGCUCAACCACUGCUCUCAAGAUCUCGGACUCUCUGCCCCUAUCGAUCCUCUCGGAAAACCCGCUCCUUCUUUCAAGGAAACUUAUCGACUAUGGCGGGAAUCUUUUGGUAUGUACCCAUGGCCCCUUGUCAAACGGGUGAAAAGAUGUUGGGAUAGACUUAAAAACUGGUUGAGUGCAAAUUUCCCGGAGGCUGAUGCUACACUACGAAAGGGUGCAACAGAAGUUGAAAUUGAAGCGUUGGAGAACAUUUUGAAAGUGAAAUUGCCUCUUCCAACAAGGCUUCUCUAUCGCUUCUGUGAUGGUCAAGAGCUGACAGACGAUGUUGGAGGAACCGCUCUUGGCAGUUCAUUGGGCAUCAUAGGAGGUUACUGCUUUUAUGACCACCUUGUAAAUGUGUGCUUAUUACCUUUGCGUCAGGUAAUCUUGGAAACAAAGGAGAUUACAGACCAGCUAGGUUUUUCCACAACAUCUAAGUAUGUUAUUGUGGCUGCUUCUUCCACAUACAUUGGAAAGUUUUUUUUCCUCAAUUGUACCACUGGUCAACUUUAUGUUGGUACCAGGAGUCUUGUAUCAGCUGGAGAAAUGAUUCCUUGUGUACCAAAUGCACUGAUAAGUCCGAUGCAUGACUCGAACACUGGUCAACAGCAGGAUGCGAUGCUGCUAUGGUUAGAAGAACAUGUUCGUCGCUUACAAAAUGGCAUUAUUAAACUCCGUAACGAAGGAAUGAUCAGAAGUAUCAACUUGUUCCCAGAAGAAUCUCCUCUCUGUUCCACUGCAGUAACCAAUGGUGUUCAGGUUCGCGCUUCUGCUGUAUUCAUUCCGGAGGGUUGUAACCUUCUAGAUGAAUCUCAUAAAUAUCUGUUUGCUUAUUCAAUUCGUAUGCGCCUCCUGCCUGAGGGAUGCAUUGUCAAUGGAACAUCCUUUGGCUCCUGCCAACUGAAUUGGAGGCACUGGAUCAUCCGUGCAAAUGACCAUGUUGUAUCUGAAGUUAAUGCAGAAGCUGUUAUUGGAAAGUAUCCACUCUUGUAUCCUGGGGGGGAAGAAUUUGUUUAUGAAAGUUGCACCCCUCUAUCAUCAUCCCAAGGUUCAAUUGAAGGUGCUUUCACAUUUGUUCCUGGCAGAUUGGCAGACCCAAAAGGCAGUGCAUUUGAGGUUGAAGUGGGCCGGUUUCCUCUCCAGUGUCCAGACUACAUUUUCUGAUGUAACCAUUCAGGAGGGUAAAUCUCUUGAAUACCAGCAGCAUUCCAGUGCUUUGUUGUCCUCCCAUUGUUAAUUCGUGUUGAACUUCUUUUGCAUUUGUGAGACGACAUUGACGGUUAGACGGUCACCAGCAUGAAAUAUCUGCAACAUGCUACUGCUUGUUUAUUUGUAUGAUCAGCCCCGGUUUUCUUGAUGAAUUUCCAUGCUUAGCUUCUUUCUUUACUAA